GACCGGCUUCGCUAGCUCCCCUUGUCUGUAGUCUCGACGGUGCACCCGGUUUUGCGUUUGGCCGCCGAGAAACCCAGAGGAAAGGAAAACGUGACAAAAGAAAACAUGGGUUGGAUCGGAGAGACCGUCGAUUCUAUUAAAUCCAUUCAGAUCCGGCAGGUGCUCAGCCAGGCUGUCAGUCUCGGUAUGAUCGUUACAUCUGCACUGAUUAUAUGGAAGGCAUUGAUGUGCAUUACUGGCAGCGAAUCUCCUGUUGUUGUUGUUCUUUCUGGAAGCAUGGAGCCGGGCUUCAAGAGGGGGGACAUUUUGUUCUUACACAUGAGUAAAGAUCCUAUUCGUGCAGGGGAAAUUGUUGUGUUUAAUGUAGAUGGUCGUGAAAUACCAAUUGUUCACCGUGUAAUUAAGGUUCAUGAACGGCAAGAUACUGGAGAAGUUGAUGUCCUCACAAAAGGGGAUAACAAUUAUGGGGAUGACAGGCUUUUGUACGCCCAUGGUCAGCUCUGGCUUCAGCGGCACCAUAUUAUGGGGAGGGCUGUGGGGUUCUUACCUUAUGUCGGCUGGGUGACAAUCAUCAUGACAGAAAAGCCGCUUAUCAAGUAUGUUCUCAUCGGUGCACUGGGAUUGCUCGUUAUAACUUCAAAGGACUAAGAAUGAAGUUCAAGAUGUGGGGAAUCCCUCAAGAAACCCAUCAACAAGUCUCCUUUGUCUCUUCUCAUCCUGUCUACACAAAACCAAGGAAUAGUUGGUUGAUUUUUGAUAUGAUAACUUAAAUUUGUUGAUGUGGAAGUUUUAGGUUGAAGUAUUUAAGAGCUAACCCAUAACCAUUUGAACUUAAGCUUCUGAUUACAUAAAUGUUGGUCUUGGUUGAGGAAA